AUGUCGUCGAUAGCACGGAAGCGUUUGGCAUUGGAGCGCGCUGAGUGGCGGGCGGACCACCCGGCGGGUUUUGCGGCACGGUAUGCGCCGGCUGAAGAGGGGCAGGCGGCGGAUCCGUUGAAGUGGGUUUGCAAAAUCCCGGGGAAGAAAGGUGGCUAUUGGGAGGGCGGUGAGUACACAUUACUGAUGGACUUUAGCGAGGACUACCCGUCGAAACCACCCAAGUGCCGGUUCACACCUGUCCUAUUCCACCCUAACAUCUACCCUAGUGGCACCGUUUGCCUAUCCAUCCUCAGUGAGGACGAGGACUGGAAACCCUCCAUCACUAUCAAACAAGUCCUCCUUGGUAUUCAAGACCUUCUAGACCACCCUAAUAUCAAUUCCCCCGCACAGUCAGAACCUUACACACUUUACCAACAAAACAGGCAAGAAUACAUCAAACGGGUCAAGGCACAAGCACUUGGUCUCCGACCAAAGGAUUAA